AUGAUAGCUAGAGUAUUACUUAGAAGAUGCUAUAGCUCUAGCGUUGAUACAUUUUCACCAUCGUAUUUAAAGUUGCAAGUUGGCUUGAUCAAAUCGUGUAGAAGACAUGAAGCUUCAGAUAAAUUGUACAUCUCAGAUAUAGAUAUCAACCAAGAGUCUACAAUACAAGUAUGUUCAGGACUUGUGCCGUUUAUUCCUAUUGAGCAAAUGUCACAGCGGAGAGUAGUAGUUGUCACCAAUAUGAGAAAUAGAAAACUUAGAGGUGAGGUAUCGCAAGGCAUGAUCUUGGCUGCUGAGAGUUCUAAGAGUGAAGGUGAAAGAAUGAAAGGAGCCGGAGAAACUAGAGAAACUGGAGAAACUGAAGAAACUGGAGAAACAAAUAAUACAAUUGUGGAGCCAGUGGAUCCACCAAAGAGCUCUAUUGUGGGGGAAAGGUUAUAUUUCGAUGGCCUGGACAAGAAAUUUGAGCCACCGAAAUUAAAGGAUAAAGUAUGGGAGUUUCUUCAACCGAAAUUAGCAACAAAUGAGAAAGGACAGGUGGUUUUUGAAGAUAAAGUGCUUCGUGGAGAAAAAGAAGAGGAUUACGCAUCGGUAGCAACAUUAACCAAUGCAAUAAUUAAAUAA